UGGUGUUCCUGCUGACACACAGACACCAUGAAGCUGCGUCUCUCUGUCUGCAUCCUGCUGCUACUUUGUGCAACAAGUAGCUCAAAUGGAGGAAAGAUUUUGGUGUGGUACACUGAGGCCAGCCACUGGAUCAACAUGAAGCCGGUACUGGAGACGCUGGUCGACAGAGGACACCAGGUGACGGUCCUGAUCCCGAGUGCAUCGCUGUUUAUGAACAGCAGUGAACCCUCCCGCUUCAAGUAUGAACCUUUUGACGUGUCCGUCUCAGUGGAUUUUGUAGAAAGGUUUGUUGAGGACUUCCUACAUUUUAACAUGUAUGAGAUAGAUUUUAUGAACCCUGUUCAGAUUUACAUAAAAUUUAUAGAUUUAAUGAAGACCAACAUGAAGAUAACUCUUAAGUUUUUGGAUGGAGUGGUGAAAUCAGAACGAAUUAUGAAGAAGCUGAAGGAGGGAAACUAUGACCUGCUUUUUGCUGAUCCAAUCUACGCCGGCAGUGACCUGACUGCAGACAUGUUGGGCAUACCUCUGGUCUACUCCUUGCGAUUCUCAUUAGUUAAUAACUGGGAGAGGAUGUGUGGUCAAUUGCCUGCUCCACCUUCCUUUGUCCCUGGUGCUAUGAGCAAACUCACAGACAAGAUGAACUUCUCAGAGAGACUGUGGAACGUCCUCUUCUACGCUCUGCAGGAUAUCGUGCUGGAACAGUUUAUGUGGAAAGAGAUCAACAAAUAUUACUCUGAUAUCAGAGGAACACCCACCAGUGCCUGUAAGAUGAUGGGUAAUGCUGAUAUCUGGCUGCUGAGAACUUACUGGGAUUUUGAUUUCCCUCGUCCGUUACUCCCCAACUUCAAAUUCAUUGGAGGAAUCCACUGCAGACCAGCUAAACCUUUACCAAAGAAAUUGGAAAACUUUGUCCAAAGCUCAGAAGAUGCUGGGAUUGUGGUCUUCUCUUUGGGAUCUAUAGUCAAGAACUUGACCACAGAGAAGGCAAAUAUGAUUGCCUCAGCCCUCGCUCAGAUUCCACAAAAGGUGUUGUGGAGAUACAGUGGGCAAAAACCAGACACUUUGGGUCCCAACACUAAACUUUAUGAUUGGAUGCCCCAAAAUGACCUGCUUGGUCACCCUAAAACAAAAGCUUUCAUCACUCAUGGUGGUGCAAAUGGAGUUUUUGAGGCCAUCUACCAUGGCGUUCCGAUGGUUGGCAUCCCUACAUUUGCGGACCAGCCAGACAACAUGUUGCAUAUGAAGGCCAAAGGAGCUGCAGUUAUUGUGGACUUGAACUUUAUGACAACUGAAGCCCUCAGAGAUGCAAUCAACACCGUCAUCAACCAGAAAUCGUACAAGGAAAAUGCAAUGCGACUGUCCAGAAUCCACCAUGAUCGACCUAUAAGUCCCCGGGACGAGGCAGUCUUCUGGAUCGAGUUCACUAUGAGAAACAAAGGAGCAAAGCACCUGAGGGUCCAGGCCCACGAACUUACCUGGUACCAGUACCACAGCCUCGAUGUCCUACUCUUCCUCCUUACUAUAGAUCUGCUUCUCAUCUUCAUCCUCUUUAAGACCUGCAGCUACUGUUUCCAGAGAUGCUGCGGCAGAAAAUUAACAAAGACAAAAGCUGAAUAAGAGACUGAAGUGAGAUUUAGUUUGUAAAGAUCUCGGGUCUCAACAAAAGGACCUAUCAUAACAUAACCUCGCACCAGUAGAAGUAUGUUGAUUUCUUAAAUUUGUCCGUCAAAUAUGUGUAUCUGUAUGAUUUUGUCUUUAGAGAAAUUACAUCUAAUUUAUUUUAUGGUUUUUCUUAAAACUACUCCACCAUUCUAUUCUGGACUAUCACAACUAUUCAGAGACAAAACUGGGCACAAAAUGUCUUGCACAAAUAUUGGAAUAACAGUUGCUGAUUGAUGACCGUCCAGAGCUCAAGCUCCAAGAUUUUUUUAUUUUCUGUGGAAGCACAGAAAACACAUGUUAAACCAACUGACUGGAAAUUCUCACUCAAGUAUUUGCUUACAGUCAUCCUGAUUUGACAUUAUAUGUGACUUUAUAUCAAUAGCUGCAGGACACGCAUGUCAAAAAUAAAAGCAGCAGGUUUAUGAUGAUGAGAGAAAAGAAUAUCUUGCUGCUGAAGCCCAGUACAUUUAGAAAUAAUUCAAAACCAUUCGCAGGAUUUAAUAUUGCUGCAUUAGAAUCCAAAAAGAAUCCAUAAUAAGUAAUUUACUACUAUUUAGCACCAUUAAUUCACUUCCUUUAUUUUGACCAAUUUUCCAAGCCUUAUCAAUGACAUAUCUCACCACAGCUUGAUACUGCCCCCAUCAUGCUUCACUGUGAGUUAUAGGAGAAAUCCGUUUUUUGUUACAUUUAGCUUUUUCCUUGAUAGCUGCUGAAGGCAUCUUCUUUAAAGUGUCAGGGGAGUUUCUAUAGUGUGCUGGUAAUCCCAAUGUUUACUCUCUUUUACUGCAAUGGCCACAUUUCCCUAAAGGCAUCUUUACAAAGUAUUUCUAUAUAAUUAACUUGCUGUGUCUGUGAAUUAUGUUAACAGUCUUAUUUCUAAUUUGUUAAAGGUCUUGUUUUUCCUAUGACAAGCAUCCAAAGUAAACAAAAUCCCAAAUAAAUAAGAUAAAGUUGAA